CAAGAGGAAGGAGCCUACAAAUUCUUGGGCCAGCAGUGGCCAGGAAGGUGUCCUGGUCAUCUCACCAUCACCAGGUCUCUGCCUGCCCUUGUUGGCCUGGGGUAGGGUGGUCUCCUUUUCUGCUCUCCUGGAUACUCCUGCCCAGAAAGAAUGAUGAAUUGACUUUGCCUGUUGCUGAAGAGCCUCAUCUCCUUAAUGCAUUGCAGAUAUGUCUAAUGGACGCAAGCUGUCAGGGUCUGGCAGUAACCAGUCCCCACCAAAAAUAUUUUCCCCUGAGACCGUUCCAUCAGAUUCCAGCUCUGGUCUCACAGAGGAAAAUGUGACUAGGCUGGAAAAGGAGUACGCAACUUCUAAGGAAGCCUUCAAUAAGAAGAGAAUACGAGAUUAUAUCAAGCAGAGUAAUAUUGCUCUCUCCUGCAAUGAGGAAACUGGGAAAACCAGCACAGACCUUGUCUGGGAUGAAGAACCUGAAGGAGCCCCGUCAUCCUUUCCAGCAAAACAGAGGGAAAACAACAAAGAAGUUUGCCAGAACACCUAUGCAGUUAUUUCAAGGAAAGAUGAGCUAUUAACAGAUAUGGUGACGCUCUCUGGGGACACAGAGUUUUUCUCUGAAGCAGAAGUGAGUGAGAGGCCAAAUGAAAGUGAGGAAGAGGCAAGAACAGAGGAGGAAGAGGAAAACAGCCAAACAGAGCAGUGUGAACAAGCUGUGUGUGAGCCUGCUGAGCCUACUUACAGAAGUCCAAGGCUGGAGUCAGAGGAGGAAUCAUCAUCUAGCCCAAAAGAGCAGGAAGACAAUGGGAUGGCAGCUGCACAGUGCACAGCCCAGAAAACUACUGUAACUGAAGAGUCUGCAAGGUGUACCUUCUGUGGUGCUCCUGAAAAACCAAUCCCAACAGCAGCAGAUCUGAAGGAAAAACCACAAGAAAAUCUCUUUUGCUGCAGGAGCUAUAAGCAGGUAUUCAACACUGCCAUCCAAGACCUGAUGAGUGAAGAUGAUGCGAAUGAGAUGUACUCUGCUUCCCAUGCUAAUGAUUUGCUAAGUGGCAUCAAGGAGAAGGUGUUGCAACAGUUGAGUGAGGGAGGCUUUGAGAACUACAGGAAAAUCCUUCGGCAGUACUUGAAAACUGUUUCCCAGAAGAGAGUCUCUUUCAGACUCUCAAAACCCAGCGACUACAUCAUCAGACCAAAGGUUGACCCUUUCACAAAGUACCAACCAACACUGGCACCUCCAGAAAACCUACUCGAGAUGGACAAGGAUUUUGUUGCAGAGCACCUAAAGCUCUGCCACUCUCCCAGCCCAGUGAGGAGAUGCUAUCCUGAUGGACGGAUGUUUUACCUCCUUUUCCCAGAUGGAAGUGGUCAGGUUUACUACCCGUCAGGCAACAUAGCCAUCCUGAUUGCAUUCACUGAGGAAGCACAGUUCACCUAUGUCAUCUUGGAGGACAACAGGCACCCAGGGAUUCGGGCAGCCUUCGGGAGCCGUGGCCACGGGGUCAGCUUCCACCCCAAUGGACGCCCCAGCACCGUCCUGAGCCCUUGCACAGGAAUCUGCUGUGACCAAGCAGGGGAGAGGCAGAAGCACUGGAACUGGCACGACCUCAGCCACCACGUCCACAGCCCUCCCUUCCAGCCUAUCACCAUGAAACUGAACAGCCACCUCACCCUUAAAAUUGUGACUCAGGAUAAAAUUCACCUAUGGUUUGGGAGCCACAACAACUGCAUCCACUUUAACUUGGGGGCCCGGCUCAAGUUGAAAGACCCAGAGACAAGUCACCUACUGAAAGGAUUAGAAAACGAAGAGGAGCGCUUCCUUCAAUCCAAAAAGAUUCAGUUCAGGAACCUGCUCUCCAAAAUAGAGUCAGUUUUGCAACAGUUUUGGCAAUCUCAGCCUCAGUGAUAUCACUCCUUGUGUUUCAUCAUCAUCUGUCUGCCUGAAAGACUGAAGUGAAGGCAUCAAGA